AUGGGUCAACAACUAUCUUCGAGUAAUUUGAAAAUCUCUGAUUUACUUGCUUCAAACAAUCAACAUUCAGAUAGUAUUUUAUCUAAUGGUCGAACAGAAGAUGUUCAUUUAUUUUUGCCAUUGGAUGUCAUCAAUUCAAUCAGUAAAAAUGUGAUCUUAUCUCAUGAUCAUAAUCAAAAAAGUUCAAUUGAACUACCAAUUACAAAACAAACAUUAACUAAACAAAUUCGAACUGAUUUAUCCUUACUAACGAAUUCAUCUGGAUUAGAUGCAUUCAAUACAGAAAUUGCCGGAAUAAUUCAACAAGUAUUCGAUCGUAUUGCAACAACAAAUACAACUUUACAAAAUGCAAUACAAUCAAUCAUUGACAAACAACAACAAUUGAAAAAUUCCUAUGCUGAACAAUUGAAAGAUAAUGAAAAUGCCAAUACUUCUAUAUUUGCUCAGUCAUUUGUUAGUUCUUCUAAUUCAGAGAAUAUAUCAAAUGAAAAUCAAAAAGAAAACAAUUCAAUUAAACAAACGCAAUUACAUCAAUUUCAAGCUGAACAACUCUCAUUUUUUGCUAUUCAAUCGUUAAUAUCUAUGCUGUUAAUGUUACUUCAAACAGUAAAAAAAUAUGAUUCCACUAUUGUUCAUCAAAUGCUCAUUUUAACAAAUCAACUUGUCGAACAAAUUCCAUUAAAGUAUCUUUCAUUAGAUGUUUACAAAAGAUCAAGUAAUUUAUUCAAAUCUUUGAAACCAUUGGUCAAUUAUAUCAAUGAAUUUUCGAUUCAAACUGAAAUUAAUCCUGUUGCAGCAAAUCAAUCGAUUACAAUCUUAUUGAAUUUUUCAAUUAUCAAAGGAUCAUUAAAAGAUGCUUUACCAUUAAUAAGAAAAUUAAUUUUUAAUACAACUGAUAUUUAUAACAUAAGAAAAUUAUUUAUAGAAUUGAAUAAAGAUCUAACAACAAUGAUGGGUCAAUUCCAAAAAGAAAAUCAGAUAUCAACUAACGCAACAACAACAACAACAACAACAACUACAUCACAGAAUGCUGCAAAUAGUGACGAGACAUUCAAAGGGCAGGAUAAAACAGAUACAACUGUAUCCACUGAGAAAAUAUCUGAUAUCGAACGUAAUUGCUUGGCCUCGUUAGAAUAUCUUAAAACAAUUGAAGCAUUUCCAAAUACACAAUUAAUAGUAUUAAACGAGAAGAAAUUUACUGGUCAAUUCAUAUCUUCAAUAUUACUUGUUCAUAUCGAUUUACAUAAUCAAUUUCAUACAAAAUCACAAUUUGAACGUUGUUCUAUGAAUAGUUCGUUUUCAUUCGAAUUUGAAUCAGAAACAUUCAAAUGUUUAUAUGAAAUAAUCGAACAAUUAAUGAUAAUGGAAUCAUCAUCGAACAAUAAUCUCGAAUAUAUCUUGACUGUUUGUCUUCGAUUAUUUACGACACAUUUAAAAUUUUUAAUUACUUCAAAUAUUGAUAAUUUUCAUGAUUUUAUAAAUGAAAAUGAUCUUGAAAAAUGGUUCACAUUGAUAUCAAAAUUUGCUUUCAAUGAUAAAUCAGACGAAAGAAAAAAAGUAGCAUCGGAAGCUUUGAUCUAUUUGAUUGAAAAGAAACUCUCAUCAUUUUCCAAAAUAUUGACAUUCUUUCAUACAUAUAUCAUGGAAAAUAAACAUCCAAUAUUAAUUGAAAAAUUAUUUGAUAAAUUAGCUCAAAAUAUAUUCAUAUAUAAAUGGAUCGAAGCUCUAUGUGAUGAUCGUAAUAUUCAAGAUAGAGAAUUGGCAUAUAUAGUCUUACAUUCAUUUAUUGAUAUUGUUUUAAAAUCAAGUUCGAUGGAUGUUAAAAAAGUUAGUCAAAUACAGGAGAUCAUACUUAUGUUUCAAGAAUUACUAUUAGUUCAUUUGAAUAAUCAACCGAUUGAUAUAUCCGAUGAACUUGAAUUAUCUGGUCUAUCGACACUUGGUAUGGAAUAUACAACACAUGUUAUCAAAUAUUGUAUCCAACAACGAGUUAAAAGUGUUUUAUUAGAGUCACUUCUUCUUGGUCUAUGUACUCUUACCGAAUCGAAAUUUAACUUUGCAUAUAUACAACCAAUCUUUGCGAGUAUUCUACCUAUAUUUGCUGAAUACUUAACACAAAUAACAAUCGAUGUAGAUGAUAAAAAUAUCUAUCUAAUUUCAUGGUUAUUCGGAAAAAUGAUUCAUCGAUUAAUUGUCGGUCCACAAGAAAGUCCAUUAGAGAAAAAAUAUCAUACUACAUUGAAAUUACCAUUAUUUGCUGGUGGAUAUGAAACAUUGACAACAGUCAAUAAUUCAUACUUAUCAAAUUUAUUCAAAUCUGAUUUAAUUACUUACAGUCAAUUUGUAGUACCUUGUCGACGACAACAAUCAGUAUUAGAUAGUGAAUUUUUACUCUCCGUUUAUAAUAAUAUCAAUCAAGGUGCACAAUUGAUUUCAAAAAUGAAAUUAUUCACUCGAGGUAAACAACGUAUCUUACAAAAAUCAAUUGAAUCAAAUGCUAAUGAUGCAUGUGCUGCAGUAUUUGCAGUCUAUAUCAAACAUUAUCGUCGUAUUGAUUUAGCUCAACAUGAAUUAACACAACCGAUCGAUCAAAAACCACAUGCUAAACUUCUUUCACUUUAUGAAUAUGCUAAUCAAGUACGAACAAUUUUUGCAACGACAAAAGCUCAAGAUGGUGAUUGUAAUGAACUUUAUAAAAAAAUUAAGAACGAUACAUUAUUAUUACUUGAUUCAGUCAAAGAAAGUUCAUUCAUAUCAACAAUUAAAGAUGAUUUUUCAUUACCAAUAAUGGCCAUUGAUCACUCUAAAUUACAACGACAAAAAUCACAUUGGACAAAAGCAAAAUAUGUUAUUCGAUUACUUCGUAAUACAUUAAAUGCUUGUAUACGAUUGAAAUAUUUGAUGUUAGCAAAAAAACAAGCUGUUGAACAAAAGAAGGAUAGUGAAAGUGUUAUGCAUCGAGCUAUUACUAGUUGUCUAUAUAGUAAUGAUAUAUCGACAUCUAAAGUUGAUGGUCAAUUAAAAAUUCAGUCUGAUGAAGUUGUCAAAUGUUUAAUUCGACAAUAUCAACGAGCCAUGACUAGAUGGAUUACAUAUGUAUUUGUUUAUCGAUUUAUCGAACAAAUCAUUACUAUUAAAGAUAAUAAUCGAAAUUUAAAUAUUCUAGUUAUAAAUUUAAUGAAUUUGAAAGGUAAUAAUUUCGAUUGGCAUUAUCUUGAAAAUAUUCAAGCAUCAAAUAAUCAAUUAAAAGAAGAUAUUGGACAUCGAUACUAUUUAAUUAUCAAAAAAAUAUUAACAUUUUCAAAUGAAUCUAAAUUUGAAUCGAAUAUGAAAGAAGUGUUUAUGUUUUGUGUAUUUAAUCUAUUGAAUCUAUCGUAUGAUUCGAUGGACUUAUGUCAUAUCAAUCAUUUUCAAUUCAUUCAAGAAUUAUUUAAUUCUUUUGUUAGAUUUGCUGAAAUAGAUUCAACUACUACCAUUUCAAAAGAUAUGAAACUUACGGCAUUCAAUUGGUUUCGUCUAUUUGCUUUGAAAUUAUGUGAAAAUAUUGAAAUAGAAGAAUUACGAAAUACACAUUUCGGUAAUCGAAAAUUUCAUCAUAUUUUAGAACAACAACGUGAUAUGAUCUUUAAUAAGUUAAUUUUAACUGAACUCAAAGAAUUGCAACAAAAUAAAUCAACAUCGGAAAAAGAAAAUGGAAAUCCAUCAUUGAAAAAUACUUCCAUUGGUUAUUUUAUUGCAUCAUCAACGUUUGAUAUCGAUGCAUGUAUCAAUCAAUAUUUAAUGCUUCUACUUCGAUGUGUUCAUUUGUAUGAUCAUAUUCGAUCAAAUUGUGCUACAUUGGAAUGCAUUCAACAAUUAUUGAAUUUAUAUCAUCAAAGUCAACUUCUUAAUACUCGUCUAUUAAUAUUAAAAAUUCUACGUGAUCUAUUAAUAUUCUUACCAGACAAUACCAAGGAAACAACAUGUCGUUGUUUUGUUGAGAACUUAUUAAAAGAUAUUUUAUUCUCUAUUGGUCAAAAUUUUAAUAUAUUGGAAAUAAAUAAAAUAGAUUUUGAUAUUGUCAUUGAGUUUAUUUAUAUCUAUCGUACAAUAUUGUCACAAAAUUCACCAUGGCAAAAAAUGGCAACUAAAUUAAUUAUCGAUGCAAUUCAAUCAAGUACAAAGUUUAAUUUGACAUCAUUAGAAUCUGUUGAAAUACGACAAAUGAAUUUCUUUCUUGCAUCAUUAUGUAUCUUAGGUGGUUAUGUUGAACCAUAUUGUUUAGGAUCAACAGUAGAAAUCUAUACUGUUGAUAAAAACAUUCAUGAAUCAGAUUCGGCAACUAUCAUUGAAAUUGAUACAAAUGCUCUUGAGUCAGAUUCAUCUGAUGUUACACCUUAUCUCGUACAAUAUGCUGCAACAAAUCAUACUCAAUCGGUUUCAUCGAAUCAAUUACACAUCAUUACCGAUGUUCUACCACCGAAUCUUUCACUUUUACCAAUUGAUAAUGCAGUUCAUAUUAUUCUUGAUACAUUAGGUUUUCUUGCACAAAUUGAUACAUCGAAAACUAAUGCAUUAAUAUUAUUACAAAUUAAACGUCGUGCUAUACUAGCAUUCUAUUCAUUAUUAAAUCAUAAACUAAUUGUUGAUAUUUUCAUGCAAAAACCUUAUGCAUCUCUUAUUGCUAAAUUAUCAAUAUCGCUUGAUAAUCUUGAUUUAAUUCAUAGUACAAAACCAAAUGAUUUAAGAUUUUUUGAUCGAUUACAUCUAGAACAAUAUAGUUUAAGUUUAGAUAAAUGUGAAAGAACAAAAAAAAUUGUGGAAGAUGAACCUGAAAUUGUUCGUAAUAUAAACGCAUGGAAUCACAUAAAAAUCAAUCGUGAUCCUGUUAUUUUACAAAAUCUAUCAGCAAGUAGUUCGAUAGAUGACGGAUGGAAACCGAUCGUAUUUAAAAAUGAAAUCCAGACUUAUAAACGGGGCAAAAUUGGAAAUGAUGAAAUUCAUAUUGUUUCUCGACCUGCUAAUGAUACUCUACCGCCAUUAGAAGAAUGUGGUCACAAGCAUAAAUUUAAAGGAAGAGUUAAUAUAACCGAUGAUAAUGGAAAUAUUCGAUAUCCGACAUUUAUUGUUGAUGGUAUAGAAUUGAACGAAGGUAAAUGGUAUUAUUGUGUUAAAUUUCUAUUAGGUGGUCAAGCACAAAUAGGCUGGGCCACCAAUGGAUUUAAUCCUGUACCAGAUAAUUUACAAGGUAUUGGUGAUGAUCAAUAUUCAUGGAGCUAUGAUGGAUCACAAGGAGUUUGUCAUCAUAAUCAACAAAGUAGUUUUCAUGAUGAAAUUCGUUGGAAUGCAGAUGAUGUAUGUGGUUGUGGUAUUGAAAUCGAUGGCGAAAAUACUACUAUCAAAUAUUGGUUAAAUGGUCAAUUGUUAGGUACAGCUUUUUCACAUUCAGACAAUACUACUAUUCAAUCAAUCGUUAAAACAAAUUUAUUGCCCCAUGGACUUAGUACUACCUAUUUUCCCGGUGUUACUGUGCAAGUCUAUAAUAAUGUGGCGAAUACAGGUGCUUUUGAAUUUAUAUUUAGUCCAGAAGAUAUGACUCAAUGUCCUUUACCGAAAGGUUACAAACCAUUAAUAAUACCAACAUUAAUGACAAUGGAAAAUGUCUUAGUUGCUUAUCCGUAUAGUGCCUAUCUUAUUGGUAAUGAUAUUCAUCAAUAUUUCUAUUCGAAUCGAUAUCUGAAGAAUGACAAGAAAACUUCUUUGAUACGUGAUUUUGUUAAUGAUCAUCAUUGCGAAGUUCCAUUCGAUAUCGAUAUGAUAACAGCUGAUCAUCAUUUAUUGAAAUUAUCGGAAGAUAGUGAUGGUUUUCCAUUAUCAAUUGAUAAUCAUCAAUCAUUGACUAUUAGUUUUGAUUUUGAAAUUAUUCCAAUAGAUGAAAUAGAAAACCAUCCUGAUGAACUUGAUCUGAUAUUAUUCACCGUAGAAAACGACAUGUUUCCUAUUCGAGUAUGUAUAAAUGAUAUGAAUGAUGAUUUUAUUGAUGAAACAAUCAAAUAUCGACAACGUGUUGUUAUCCUAUUUCAAACAAAUGAACAAACAAAAGUUUAUAUCAAUAAUAAAUAUCAAAUAUUGAAUUAUUGUCAUAGUUUUGAUACGACAACAAAAUCAAAAUUCAACCUUAAAAUUUUGCCAUAUCAAAAUGUCGGAAUUCGAAAUUUGGGCAUCUGGAAAUAUACACUAUCAGAAGAACAUAUACGACGUCUCUUUACAUAUGGUCUCUUGUAUGUUGCUGUCGAUUAUCAAAAAUUGAAUAAAUAUCGACAACAAACAAAUACAUUUGUAUUUACAGCAGAACAAAAAUAUUUUACAAAUGAAACAUUAAUUCCAUUCAAUGAACCAUUUGAAGAUAGCUUAUGGGAAAAAAGAAAACAAUGCGUUGAUCAUGACGAAUCGAUCUAUUUUAAGACAAUAUCAGGGACUAAUGAGUCGAUCGUACAAUUAUUCGGCAAUAAAACUUAUCUAGUUUUAGACACUGCAAAUCAAGUAUGGUCUGAAUAUACAUUGAUUCUUGAUAUUUCAAUACCUAAUUGUCCAUCAACUGUAUCAAAUAAUGAGACUCAAUUAACAUUAUUAACAUUGGAUACACAAGCAGAAAUUUAUGUAACACACGACGGUCAUAUUUGUCUAUCCGGUGGACAUCAAAGCUCAUCAAUAGUCAAAUUAAAUGACUACAUGCGCAUGUUCAUUUCUGUUCAACACAAAUCUGUUCAUAUCUAUGUCAAUGGUUCAUUAGAACUUAAUGCAUCAAUUACCGAUGAUCAAUUUGCAACGAAAUUGAAACAUAUUGAUCUGUUUCGAGAGAUAGAUUUGACUAAGAAUACUAUUGGUGAUGAUCAAUUAAGAAUUGAAUGUCGAUCGAUUACAUUUUGGAAUAAAUCAACCGAUAUUGUCCGUCCAUCAUUGGCAAAAUUGAUCCAAUCAACUGAACAUUCCUUAAAUCAACUAGUUGCUCCACCGUUAUGCAUUCUAUCGACCAGUCUUAUCGGUAUUGGUUACACAGAAGAAUCAAUCAAAUACGUAAUGAAACAAUACAACACAACAAAUAUUCAUUUUAUCGAUACUAUUCUACGAGAACAAAGUCAACAUAUAGAAAAGAUACAUCGUGAUGAACAACGACAGAAACAAAUCAAUGUAUUAACACGAUUGAAGUCUUAUGACGAAAAUGGAACAUUAACAAUUUUAAUGAAAUUCGACAAUGAUACAAGCGAUUUGUCAAUGUCGGCAUCAUCUAAUAACAUAUCAUCUGAUAGUGAUAAUGAGAUGAUAUCGGAAAAUGAAUGGUAUCGCAAAACUGUUCGUGAUGUAGGUAUUAAUGAAAAAUUAACUGAAUGGAUACGAGAUAAAAUAGAAAUAACUCAAUUAACAAUGGAUGAUCCUCGGUAUCAAUUUGUUGAUUUAUCUAAAGCAGAUACCGAAGAAACAUCAAUUGAUAAUGAACUCAAAAAGAAAAUGAAAAAAUCCUUACAUUAUUCACAUCGACAAAUAUCACGAAAAACUUAUAUUCAUUCAAGUACAAGCUGUGAAUAUGGUCUAAUAACGAUUUAUACACGUUAUACAAUAUUGAAUAUGUUAAAAGUCUGGUUCAAUGAUGAUCAUCAAAGUUUAUUUCCAAUUGAUAAAUUCGGUGAUAAAAAUUUUAUUAUAACAUUAUUACGAUUGAUGAAUUACCAUCAUACAUGUACACGUACACAUGUAGAUGAAACUAUCAAUAGAAUGAAAUUGUUGACUAUGUCGAUAUUAAAAUUUGAAUUAAAAGAAAUAAUGAAAUCUAUGAUAGAUGAACAAAUUACUGAAAAUAUAUUGAAUAGAAAAGCUCCGUUAUUCUAUCAAUUACAAAAAUAUGUUGUUGAAGAAUUGAUUCAUUUUCUUGCUGAACCAUCUUUAAUCAUUAUGAAUAAUUAUAAUGAUGAAAGUAUUGAUGAACGAAUAAUAAUUAAACAAACAAAUUUAGAUUUUCUUUUAUAUAUUGUGAGUCUCUUUUUGGAAUUAUUGACCGACUUGGAGUUGGCAAAAUACAAUAUUGAUCGGAUGAUUCGAUUAUUAUUUCCAGCAUUAUUCAUCAAGAUACUGUUCGAUCUAUUUUUAUUAGUACCAUCACAUCGAUCCAAAAUAUUGAUUCUCCAUGUUUAUACUACAUUGCUUCAAACAAGUGAAAAUUUCAAACUUCAUAACAAUAUUCAACAUUUUAUUCUACAACUAUUUAUUGAAUUAACAACAAACAAAACAUGCUUAGAUAAUUUAGCAUUGAAAAAUUUUCGAAUUGCUACUAUGGAUCUAGCAUUUGCUCUAUUCGGAAGACAAAAAGAAUUGAUUUCAGCAUUAAAUGAACAUUCAAAAGAAGCACGUGAUGUAUCGAUAAUCCUCGAUGUUAUUAAUAUUUUAACAAACAAAACAAAACAUUGUCAAUGGCCUGAAUCACUUCUUACUCAAUCGAGUACUAUUUUAGAUGCAAAACUUCCAUUGACUAAAGAAAUGGUUGAUACAGCUCAUGUUCAUUUCGAUAGGACUGCGGAUGGACAACUAAUGCAAUUUAUGAAUCAAAAUAUUAAUCUCGAUUGGAAGCCAUUACCACAUGAGUCACUUAAUCAAUUUAUCGAAACUCUACCAGCUGAGUCUGUUCCUAAUUCAACUAAAUAUCAGUCAUUUAGUUAUUUACGUGAUAUAUCAUCGGUACAUAUACAAACACGUGCUAAACUUUUCUAUUUAUUCAAUAUAUUGAUUGGAAAAGUCUUACCAAUAAUCGAUUUAAGUUUACCACCAGGUAGUAGUACUCUUACAGAUCGAAUUCGAGUAGCACGAAAUUAUAUAUUACAUAUAACAAAAUUUGAAUUGUUUAAUGAUACGUUAGCUAAAACUGCAUCUAGUGCAGGUUUAUCACAAGAAGAAGUAACAUUUGAUACUGUAAAAGCUAGUCUUGCUGAACAUUCUGAAGAUACAAUGUUCUAUCAAGCAUAUAAGCAAAUGUAUUUGAAUGCAUCUCGAACAUUUCGACGAACGAAUGACGAAAGAGUUUGGACAGCUGUUUUUAUUGGUAUGCACAGUACUGAUGGAGGUGGACCCUUUAGAGAUUCAAUAACACGUAUGUGUGCCGAACUAUGUAGUACAAAUUUACCACUAUUUAUACUUUGUCCUAAUGGACGAUCAAAUAGUGGUUCAAAUCGUGAUCGAUGGAUUCCGAAUGUUUUUCCACCAAAUCGACCUAUACCUGAUGAAUUCAAAAAUCAAUAUCGUUUUGUUGGACAACUAAUGGGUAUGGCAAUACGUACGAGAAACUUUUUAGAUGUUCGAUUUCCAAUUGUACUCUGGAAACAAUUAGUACAAGAAACAGUUACAAUUGAAGAUAUUGAAGCAAUUGACAUUUCAAGUUUUUCUAUUAUCAAUGAAAUGGAAGAAAAUAUUAAACAAGUAAAAAGUCUCAAUGAAAGUGAAGAUGGUGAUGCAAACAUCGGUUAUGAUUUUUUAUUUAGUCGUAUCAUGAGUGGCCUAACAUUUGAUGCGGUUAAUUCAGCUGAACAACGUUAUGAACUUAUUCCGGGUGGUUUUCAUAUUCCUAUUACGGCUGCUAAUUUCGAGGAUUAUUGUAUGCUCUAUCGUCAAUAUCGUGUGAAUGAAUUUCAUCGACAAAUUGAUUUUAUUCGUCAAGGUUUAUAUAGUGUCGUACCAUCGGCUUAUUUAACACUGUUUACAGCUAGUGAAUUAGAAGAAGCUGUUUGUGGAAAAGGUUAUAUUGAUAUUGAAAUGUUGAAACGUCAUACAAGUUACAAUAGUGAUAGUGAAACUGCGCCAUAUAUUGUUCGAUUUUGGUCUGUUUUAAGUGAAAUGUUUAGUGAAGAACAGAAAAAACUAUUUUUAAUAUUUGUUUGGGGACGAAGUACGCUACCGAAUAGAGACGAAGAUUUUCCAACGAAUUUGCAAAUAUCUCGUCUGGAAACAACUGGCAAUGUUGAUGAUGCUCUUCCAAAAUCGCACACAUGUUCAUUCGGUCUUGAUUUACCUCCAUAUUCAACUAAAGAAAUCACGUAUGAACGUUUAAAUUAUGCUAUUACCUAUUGUUCCAGUAUCGACAAUGAUUGGAACAUGAAUUAG